UGCACUUGAGAAAUUGAUAAUUGUUCAUGCUGCUAAAGGCUGCUCAAGUAAAAAAAAUCCUUGUUGUACACUUAAAUCAACCUGAUCAGAAAGCUCAUAAGGAGUGACGUGGAGAAAGCUUUCACCAUAAACUCGGUUGAAUUGUUGAAUAGCUUGGCUGUAGAAAGGUUGUCAUUUGCUGUGGACAUUUUGGCAGAUAAAGUACUCCACAUUUUCAAGCUCAUCUCCCACAAAUAAAUAAUCUGACACCAUGGGCGGCGGUGCUGAUGACAAUCUUACUGCGAUUUUAUACAAGCAAGGAGAUCUGCGUUUGGAAAAUCGGCCUGUGCCUGAACCAAAUGAUGAUGAGGUGUUGCUUCGAAUGGCCAGCGUAGGCAUUUGUGGCUCGGAUGUUCAUUAUUGGACGAAUGGGCGAAUUGGCGACUUUAUUGUUAAAGCCCCAAUGAUUAUCGGCCAUGAGGCCGCGGGCGUUGUUACCAAAUGUGGAAAAAAUGUGAAACAUCUUAAGCCAGGUGACCGAGUUGCGAUUGAGCCUGGUGUGCCAUGUCGUAGGUGCGACAGUUGCAAGUAUGGGAGGUAUAACCUUUGCCCGGAUAUUGUGUUUUGUGCAACGCCACCAUGCCAUGGGAAUUUAUGUCGUUAUUAUACGCAUGAUGCUGCCUUCUGUUACAAGCUUCCAGACCACGUUACAAUUGAAGAGGGUGCACUACUAGAACCUUUGUCCGUUGGAGUACAUGCCUGCAGGCGAGCGGGGGUUACUCUGGGAAGUGUUGUCUUAAUUUGUGGUGCUGGACCAAUUGGAUUAGUUAGCUUGUUGGUUGCUCGGUCUAUGGGGGCGUCCAAAAUCAUUGUCUCUGAUUUGGCUGAAAACCGCCUUCAAGUCGCUAAAGAGUUGGGAGCUGAUCUUGUCUUGAAGGUGGAUCCUUCGGCAAGUGGCCAAGAUUUGGCACUACAAGUCGAGCAAACAUUAGGCGUUAUGCCCAAUAUUUCAAUUGAAUGCAGCGGAGCCGAAUCAAGCAUAAGGCUUGCAAUUCUUUCUACCAUAUCUGGUGGCUGUGUUUUACUUGUUGGAUUGGGGGCACCUGAAGUAAAACUUCCUGUUGUUAACGCUGCUGUUCGGGAGGUUGACAUUCGUGGAGUUUUCCGCUAUGCCAACUGCUACCCAGCAGCACUUGCCCUCGUUGCCACUGGGAAAGUCGACGUGAAAAAGCUUAUUACUCAUCGUUUCAAGCUUGAAGAGACUCUGCAAGCCUUUGAAACUGCAAAAACAGGGGCUGGAGGGGCCAUUAAAGUAAUGAUAAGCUGCUGAGUACUUGCUUUGGAUAAUGCAGUACCCAAUUGGUUGAAAUUAUUCUUAAAAAUAUGGCUUUUCACGUGCAAAUAUUAAACAUUUCAUGUUACAAACAUGUAAGUAUAUACUAUUAGUUUGAAAAUAAAUUACACAAUUAAUUCAACA